AUGAAGCGCUCUAUUGCUCAUAUGAUGGCCGCUUCUCUGGCCUUGGUCCCUCUCGUCGCGGCCGACUGGCAGUUUCGCUCUCGCCCUGACUUGGCACCCCCUCGUCUCAACAUCACCAUCCCUGCCACGGACGAGGUCGAACCAGGUUAUCUUUUUGUGGCUCCCUUUGCGGGCUACCCAGACACCCCUACGGAGCAGCAUGGUCCGCGCCAGGCAGGUCCUUACAUCUUCAGGGACGACGGCGACCUUGUCUGGUCUGGCUAUGGUCUCUACAGUAUCUGGGCCACCAACUUCCAAGCCGGGCGCUGGAAGGGAAAGGACAUCCUCUUCAGCUUUGAGGGUGAUCACAACGCCGGGUACGGCCAUGGCCAUGGACACAUCACAAUCGUGGAUCAACACUAUGAGACGAUCCGUGAGCUGCGUGCUGGGAACCACAAAUUGGUGGACAAGCACGAGUUCCAUAUCGUCAACGAGGAGACUGGUCUUAUCCAGAUCUACCAGCCUGUGCCUCGAGAUCUUCAGAAAUGGGGCGCUAGUCCAGAGCAGCAGUGGAUUGUGAAUGCCAUCAUUCAAGAGCUUGACAUUGCUACGGGCAAACUCCUAUUCGAGUGGUCCAGUCUCGAUCACGUCCAACCAGACGAAGCAGUCCUCCCUAUCAACCCCGGCCAAGCCGGCUCUGGCUACAACAGCUCCGACGCCUGGGACUACUUCCACAUCAACAGCGUCGACAAGGACGCCGAGGGCAACUACCUCAUCUCAGCCCGCGACGCUUGCGCCAUUCACAAGAUCAACGGCACUGAUGGCUCCAUCAUCUGGCGCCUUCAUGGAAAGCGCUCCGACUUUUCCGUCCCUGACGACGCCAAGUUCUGCUUCCAGCACCACGCCCGCUGGCUCUCCCAAGAAGGGGAUGUCGAGGUCAUCAGCCUGUAUGAUAACAGCGCACAUGGUACCGAGCAUAGCGGAGGUUCAGAGGUUCAUACGGCGCCUACGAGCAGUGGCAAGAUUCUCCGGCUCAACACAACCUCGUGGACAGCCGAGCUGGUUGCGGGCUACUUCCCCCCUGACGACCUCCUUUCCAAGUCGCAGGGCAGCACACAGGUUCUUCCUGGCGGAAACGUACUCGUCAAUUGGGGAUCUGAAGGAGCUCUGACUGAGUUUACAGCCGACGGCACGCCCAUCUUCCAUGCCUACGUGGACUCGGGCUUCCUUGGUGUCGGUGCUGAGAAUUACAGAGCUUUCAGGUACAACUGGACUGGUCUUCCCAACGAGACGCCCGCCAUUGUGGCACUCCAAGGAAAGGAGGGCACCAAGGUGUAUGUUUCUUGGAACGGCGACACCGAGACAGCUUCGUGGAGGUUCUACGCUGUCACUGACGAAUAUGGCUCUCGAGACUUCCUUGGCGAGGUGAAGCGGACCAGCUUCGAGACCAGCCUUGUGACAUCCAAGAACAUUGCCAGUGUCGCAGCCGAUGCUGUUGAUGUACACGGAAGGGUCAUUGGCUCCACGGCUUCUGUUCUUGUCGAGGCUGAAGUGCUUCCAGCCCCGCUUGACAACACAAAAGGUCAGAAGCCACUGGGCAGAUACAACGCCUUGGGAGCAGACCUCUAA